AAGCGAGUGAAGAUACUCUUACAUCCUUUCUCCAAAUGAGCCCGACCAGAAACACAAGGUCGUGAGAGUCCACGACAAAGCAACCAUGAUAGAGACACUGUUGCUCCUCCUCUGCCUCUCACCCUUCCUCAUAGCUUGCUUUGUCUUCUUCUCCUCCUUCACCACCGUCAAAUCCACCACCGCCGCCGCCACCAUUCUUCCACCAACCCCACCGUCACUCCCUUUCAUUGGCCACCUCCACCUCCUCUCCACAUCCCUCCACAAAUCCUUCCAAUCCCUCUCAUCCAACCACGGCCCCCUCCUCCACCUCCGCCUCGGCCCCUCUCGCCGCCUCCUCCUCGUCUCCUCCGCCGCCACCGCCGCCGAAGUCUUCAAGACCCACGACCUCGCUUUCUCUUCCCGACCCGCCUUCGCCUUCGCCGAGAGGCUCCCUUACGGCAAUUCUGGGUUCAUCACCGCCCCUUACGGCCCCUACUGGCGCUUCAUGAAGAAGCUCUGCGUCACUGAGCUCCUCAGCGUGCGCCAGUUGGACCGCUCCAUGAGGAUCAGGAAGGAAGAGAUAGAGCGUUCGCUCAAAAGGGUGUUGCAGAAUGUGCAUGGCAAUGUCGCUAUUGACUUGGGUGCUGAACUGAUGAAGCUCACCAACAAUGUCACUUGCAGAAUGGCCAUGAGCACCAGGUGUUCGGAGAAAUGCGAGGAAGCUGAGAAGAUAAGGAAGUUGGUGAAGGAGUCAUUUGAGCUUGCUGCAAAGUUGUGCUUUGGUGAUGUGUUGGGAUGUCUGAAGGAGUUGAGUUUCUGGGUUUAUGGGAAAAAGGCUAUGGAUGUGAGCAGAAGGUAUGAUGAGUUGCUGGAGAAAGUGCUGAAGGAGCAUGAAGAGAAAAGAUUAUCAGGUGGGGAUGGGAAUGAGAGUGAGAGGGAUUUAGUGGAUAUUAUGUUGGAUGUUCAUCAUGAUGCUCAGGCUGAGUUCAAGAUCACAAGGACUCAUAUCAAAGCCUUUUUAAUGGAUCUCUUCAUUGCAGGCACAGACACCUCAGCAGAAGCAAUGCAAUGGGCAAUGGCUGAGCUUCUUAACCAUCCUGAAGCAUUCCAGAAGGUGAGGAAUGAGAUAGAAUCAGUCACUCAAAAUGUUAGGCUAGUUGAAGAAUCAGAUAUCCCAAACUUGCCAUAUCUGCAAGCAGUAGUGAAGGAAACACUGAGACUAUACCCACCAGGACCAGUAACAACAAGAGAAUGCCGCCAAGACUGCAAAAUAAACUGCUUUGAUGUACCAGCAAAAACAGCAGUAGCAGUCAACUUAUAUGCUAUAAUGAGGGACCCGGACUCAUGGGACGAUCCUAACGAGUUCCGCCCUGAAAGGUUCUUGGUUUUCCUGAGAGAACAGGAUGAUCCAAUUGAUGAUCAGAGUGAUGCUAAAAGAAUGAGCUUCAAUUUUGUUCCAUUUGGAGGAGGAAGGAGAGGGUGCCCGGGGACAAUGUUGGCAUUCAACUUGAUGAACACUGCAGUUGCUGCUAUGGUGGAGUGCUUUGAUUGGAAAAUCGGUGAAGAUGGGAAAGGAGAAAAGGUUGAUAUGCAAUCUGGAUCUGGCAUGUCUUUGAACAUGCUUCACCCACUCAUUUGCAUUCCUGUAGUGCAUUUUAACCCAUUUGAUGGAUAAAUAACUCAAUAUGUAAUACACACCCGCUUCUGAAAAACAAAAGUUUGAUGAGGAAAACAAUGUCUCACUAUCCUCAACGACCAAGGGGAUUGUAUAGCUGAUCUAAUAAUAACCUGUGGUAAUUAAAAAUUCGGAGGUUUGGAUCAUGUUCUUUUUAAUCAGAAUCAAUUCUGUGUCAAAAUUGAUUUUAGCUUUAGGAUCC